CAUCUAGCCAUGGCAUCUCCACUAGUUUCUCUACUCCUCAUCGGGAUCUGCUGCCUGGCCCUCAUCGACCAGUCCGCGGCUGAAUGCUGCAACUCCUGGGAAGAAGUGACCUAUAAGAUGGACAGGGGAGAAUGCGAGGAUGUUGGAGGAAGUGGGUACAAUCCCCACAGGUGCGAAAUCACCAUUUGCGCGGAUGGAGUGAAACAGGUGGGCACAUAUUGCGGACAGGCAUCGUGCAACAUUUUUGGCUGCAACUGCGAUGGCGGAUGUUUGAGAGGCGAUUGGACCCAGAGCUUUGUGCAAAAGAACAAGGACUACGGAAUUGAAAUCCUCGAUGUAGUCAGGAUCCCCAUUUAAAUCCAUACAAGUUAUGUACACAUGUAACUUCUUAUUAACAGCUUUGCUGGAAAAUUAAUUUUCGAAAUAAAUUUGACAAUGAAAAAGCAUA